CUCGCUCCUAGCAGCAUAUGUUGAUUAGCUGUUAAUAAAACGAUGUCUUGACUGGUCUGUGCUAACUAGCAAGCUCCCAACUUCAACAGGAUUACAUCAAUUUCUGCAUCCAUAGGUCACAGUUAUUAGCAUCUAAUCUAAUCUGGCAUAUAAAUGGCAUACACUGCGAGCAAAAAAGGCUAACAAGAUAGCCUACAUGCUAACAGUAGCCGGCUCAUUCAAUAAGCAGCUAUUUAGCUCCCGGGCUAGUCAGCUAACUAGCAGGCAGCCGCUCUGCUAAAAGUCCAGCAUAUACACUAAAAAGUUGUGUUUUCAGGGCAGGGUGCAGAUAAAGCCAUGGUGAAUGGUGAUGGAGCUCACGAGCACACGAAGGAAGGGGACUCGAAACAGGAUGGCAGUGGAGAGGCAGACGGAGAAGAGGAGUCUAAUGAACAGGAAGUGAUAGUGAUCCAGGACACAGGCUUCACUGUUAAGAUCCAGGCACCUGGAAUAGAGCUGUUUGACCUGCAGGUCUCUCCCCAGGAAAUGGUACAGGAGAUCCAUCAGGUGUUGAUGGACCGUGAGGACACCUGUCAUCGGACCUGCUUCUCCCUGCAGCUGGACGGAAAUGUGCUAGACAACUUUGCUGAGCUCAAAUCCAUUGAGGGCCUUCAGGAGGGCUCCCUGCUCAAAGUGGUGGAAGAGCCCUACACAGUGCGUGAAGCUCGCAUCCAUGUGCGCCACAUCAGAGACCUGCUGAAAAGCCUGGACCCCUCAGAUGCAUACAAUGGGGUGGACUGCAACUCCCUCUCCUUCCUCAGCAUUUUCACUGAUGGAGAUCUUGGAGAUAGCGGUAAGCGGAAGAAAAAGGGCAUCGAGCUGGAGCAGAUUGACUGCACCCCCCCAGAGCACAUCCUUCCCGGCAGCAAAGAGCACCCCUUGGUGCCCCUCCAGCCACAGAACAAGGACUGGAAGCCUAUGCAGUGCCUGAAGGUCCUGACCAUGAGCGGCUGGAAUCCUCCACCUGGAAACAGGAAGAUGCAUGGUGAUCUCAUGUACCUGUACAUCGUGACUGUGGAGGAGCGCCAUAUCAGCAUCACUGCCUCCACACGUGGCUUCUACCUCAACCAAUCCACUACCUACACCUUCAACCCCAAACCAGCCAAUCCCAGCUUCCUGAGCCAUUCACUGGUGGAGCUGCUGAGCCAGAUCAGCCCUGCCUUCAAGAAGAACUUCACUUCCCUGCAGAAAAAACGAGUCCAGAGACACCCAUUUGAGAGGAUAGCUACACCUUUUCAGGUGUACAGCUGGACCGCUCCACAGCUAGACCAUGCCAUGGACUGCGUUCGGGCAGAGGAUGCCUACACCUCCCGUCUGGGUUAUGAGGAACACAUUCCUGGACAGACCCGAGAUUGGAAUGAGGAGCUGCAGACUACCAGAGAGCUGCCCCGGAAGAACCUGCCCGAGCGGCUGCUGAGGGAGAGGGCCAUAUUCAAGGUCCACAGUGACUUUGCAGCAGCUGCCACUCGAGGCGCCAUGGCAGUAAUUGAUGGCAACGUCAUGGCUAUCAACCCUGGUGAAGAAACGCGCAUGCAGAUGUUCAUCUGGAACAACAUCUUCUUCAGCCUUGGCUUCGAUGUGCGGGACCACUAUCGUGAGCUGGGUGGAGAUGCCGCUGCCCACGCUGCGCCCACCAAUGACUUGAAUGGAGUACGAGCUUACGGGGCGGUGGAUGUGGAGGGUCUCUACACCUUGGGGACAGUAGUGGUGGACUACAGAGGCUACCGUGUCACUGCUCAGUCCAUCAUCCCAGGUAUCCUGGAGCGUGAGCAGGAGCAGAGCGUCAUCUACGGCUCCAUUGACUUUGGCAAGACAGUUGUUUCUCACAGCAAAUAUCUGGAGCUGCUGGAGAAGACCAGCAGACCGCUGAAGGUCCAGAGGCACAGUGUGUUGAACGAGAAGAACGACGAAGUGGAGCUGUGCUCCUCUGUUGAGUGUAAAGGCAUAAUUGGAAAUGAUGGCCGACAUUAUAUUUUGGACCUUCUUCGUACUUUCCCACCUGACCUCAACUUCCUACCUGUGGACGGAGAGGAGCUGCCCCCAGAGUGUCAGCGCCAAGGCUUCCCUUGCCAGCACCGCCACCGCCUGGCCUGUCUACGCCAAGAGCUCAUUGAGGCCUUUGUUGAGCACAGAUAUCUUCUCUUCAUGAAGAUGGCAGCAUUACAGCUCAUGCAACAGAAAGCAACCAAGGACUCCAACAAAGCUGAUACGCCUGCCAUCACAGAAACCUCAGAAACAUCCGUCGAAAGCAGUGCUGAUACAAUCCAGUCACAGACCACUGCCUCAGAUUCUACUAAUGCAGCAGAUGUCUCCACAGACCACAUAAGCCAGACAGACAACACUACCUCGGCUGCCUCACAGGCAGAGACUGACUGUAAAGAAAAGUCCUCUAACCCCUCCACAAAUGGGCCUCUAGACCCUUCAGCCACCUUGAACGGGGAAUACAAGAGCCCACUAGAGGCUAAGAAGCUUGAGGAAAAUAUUCCAGGAUUAGCUCGGGCCAAAGAGCUGGCGGAGACCUUAGUUGGUGAAGAUGCAUCUGGUAUUGAUCCCAAAAGCCGCGAAGUUGUUCUCAAUGCUUGCAAGGCGGUCGGCUCCAUCAGCAACGCAUCUUUCGACAUUCGCUUCAACCCUGACAUCUUCUCCCCAGGUGUGCGUUUCCCAGAUCAUAGCACAGAUGACAUUCAGAAGCAGAAGCAGCUGUUUAAAGAUGCUGCUGCCUUCUUGGUCUCCUGCCAGAUCCCAUCACUGGUUAAAGACUGUUUGGACCACAGUGCUCUGCCCAUGGAUGGAGCCACACUGACAGAGGCCUUACACCAGAGAGGCAUCAAUGUUCGCUAUUUGGGCACUGUUCUGGAGUUUGUAGAAAAGACCCCUGCCAGAGCCCAGCUGGGGCACGUCUAUAGGAUAGGAGUCAGUGAGCUGAUCACUAGAUGUGCAAAACAUAUCUUCAAGACAUACCUCCAGGGUGUGGAACUGUCUGCCCUGUCUGCCGCUGUAAGCCAUUUCCUAAACUGCUUUCUGAGCUCCUUCCCCGAGGCUGUCGGCCACCUGCCUCCCGAUGAGCUGGUGUCACGCCGCAAAAGCCGCAAACGUCGCAACAGGGUCCCCGGUGGUGGAGACAACACAACGUGGGCGAGCCUGACACCCAGUGAGCUGUGGAAGAACAUUUCCUCUGAGGCUCAGAGCUACUAUCACUUCAGCAUACAGUGUGAAAGUGUGGACCAGGUGGUGGAGAAGUAUGGCUUUCAGAAGAUCACUCUGCUUAGAGAAAUUUCAGUCAAAACUGGCAUUCAGAUUUUGAUAAAGGAGUACAACUUUGACAGCCGCCACAAGCCUGCCUUCACAGAGGAGGACAUCCUGAAUAUUUUUCCUGUUGUGAAGCAUGUUAACCCCAAAGCAUCAGACGCAUUCCACUUCUUCCAGAGCGGACAGGCCAAAGUGCAGCAAGGUUUUCUGAAGGAGGGCUGUGAGCUGAUCAACGAGGCUCUCAACCUCUUCAACAAUGUGUACGGAGCCAUGCAUGUAGAAAUCUGUGCCUGUCUGCGCCUACUGGCACGCCUUAAUUACAUCAUGGGAGACCAUCCUGAGGCUCUCAGUAACCAGCAAAAGGCUGUCCUGAUGAGUGAAAGAGUCCUCGGCAUCGAACACCCGAACACUAUUCAAGAAUAUAUGCACUUGGCUCUGUACUGUUUUGCGAAUGGCCAACUGUCGACCGCCCUGAAGCUGCUUUAUCGUGCUCGUUACCUCAUGUUGUUGGUCUGUGGAGAGGACCACCCAGAGAUGGCGCUGCUAGAUAGUAACAUUGGGCUGGUGCUGCACGGAGUGAUGGAGUACGACUUAUCUCUGAGAUUCCUGGAGAACGCCCUGACUAUCAACACAAAGUACCAUGGUCCCCGGUCCCUCAAAGUGGCCCUCAGCCAUCAUUUGGUUGCAAGGGUUUACGAGAGCAAGGCCGAGUUCCGCUCUGCACUACAGCACGAGAAGGAGGGCUACACCAUUUACAAGAACCAGAUGGGUGAGGCACAUGAGAAGACCAAGGAGAGCUCAGAGUAUUUGAAGUAUCUCACGCAGCAGGCUGUAGCUCUGCAGAGAACCAUGAACGAGAUCUACAAGAAUGGCUCCAACGCCAGCAUCAUGCCCCUCAAGUUCACUGCCCCCAGCAUGGCCAGUGUCCUGGAACAGCUCAACAUCAUCAAUGGCAUCAUCUUUAUACCUCUCAGCCAAAAGGAUUUGGAGAACCUGAAGGCAGAGGUGCAGAGGCGGCAGCAGCUGCAGGAGCUGGGCAGGAGUGAGGAGCCCAUUGAGGACAGUCCACUGGAACUAGAGGACAAAAUUCCCAUUGAUUAAUAUCCAAAAGCGCUCAGCACAGCUACUUUGUGCUAUGGAGGGAGAGAGGCUGUGACACAGCAGCUCAUGUCACUGAGCCUGUGGACCCAAGAACUGAGCACUCUAAAUCAGCAUUGAAAUAAACAGGGGGAGGGAUGGGUCAGGGCAGUCCAGAGAACAAACUGAAUGAACUGUAGGACAAAGGAAUACAGGGCAGGAAUUUCCUACAAUGUAGGAAGGGAGGGAGAAGCAGAAUCGAUGUCAGCGUGCAAUCUGAAAAAAUAGGCCCAAGAACAUGGUGAUGAAGUCACCUAAAGUGUUAGUUACUUAGAAACAUAAUGAUAUAUGAAAGAGCGAGGAGCCCGGGGAUGACCAUGACAUUGUAUACCAGAGCCUUAUCCACUGUAGCCUAUUCUCUAAAUAAAUCUUCCCACAGCUAUGUUAGCCCAGGACCACAUUUUCCCCCACCGGGAUCUUCAUAUACCCCAUGAGCAUGUGCUGCUCUGAAUGACAAAGCACCUGCCCUGCCCUAGAACUCAGGGGUACUUUUUACUGUGCACUAAGACCAGAUUACAGUUACUAAAUUUGAGAUUUUUCAAGUGGGGCUUCAGAAUGUAAAAUCUCCUCUCAUUGGUUUUUUUUGAGCCACUUUGCAGCCAUUACCAGUCAUUGUGCAUCACUGAUGCUUAAUUCAUUCAGUCAUUCUAUUAUUUGUACUUAAGACAUCCCAGGUGGGUGCCAGCUGUGUCCCAUUGUUCCUAUUUUUACAACCAAGCAAAAGAUACAGUGAUACGUCAGCAGGCUUUGAACUAGUUUGAUGUCAUUUUCAGUUUUUUUUGUUUGUUUUUUUUUUUUUAGUAAAUAAUACAUUUUGUAAAAGUGCACAGGAGAAUUAAGAAGAUAUUUUAGAUCUGUUGACCAUCAGAUAAUUUAAGCCAUGUCUAUUUUAUAGAAAUGUAUAGAAGUGGAAAACGAUGUAUAAAUCUUUAUCAGAUUUAGACAAACUUGAUUGAUGUUAAUGGAAAAUGCAGAUUUGAAAAACGUCCAUCUUACUCAGUACAUUUAUCUACAGUACCUAUAAAGUAGCUGUGUUCAAUCUUCUAUUUUUACACAUUGAAAAAAUAUGUGCAUGUAUGUUUGUAUGUGUGACAGUGUGUCUGUCUUUGUGUAGCCCAACAGAAAAUCUAUUGGCAAGGGCUGUUGCUGCAUAGUUUGAAUAGAGGUUAAGUGAACAUCAGCUUUCCAAGCGUUUUAUUUUUUUGGGAGGGUGGGGGUUGUCAUGACAUCUUUCAUAGCAACAGACAAAAACUAGCUUGGAACAUCUGGUUCAUUGAGCACUUUUCUGUGCUGUUUGGAUGUGUUAACAUCUUCAUAGCACCAUCCAAGGUGGACAAAAGAAGGGCUGCCUCAAUGUGAUGUACCAAAAAGACAGAUUAAGGAUUGUUUGUGCUUGUAUACAUGCAAUAUAUUCCUCCCAUGGCAAUUUGUCACUGAAUUGUUGCCGUGUCUAAAUGUAUGUGAUUAAAGCAAUAGAGAGAUGGUGCUGGACCUGGACCUGAUUGUUAUUAGAAAAUGCAGUUUUUACUUGGUGCAAGAUGUGCAGGAUGGACUGCUUAACUGUUUUGGUGGAAGUACCUGAAAAUAAGGGAGCUGAAUUUAAAAAAAAAA